GCUGGUCAUAUUCCACAUCUGCCUGGAAGGUAAAGACCGGACUAAAAGCCUUCUGAAAAUCAAGAGGUAGAAGCAGGUGAAGGAGUUGUCUCAGUAUCCAAUGAUCCCGCUUGCCACGUGAUUUCAUUGUCCUUCGUUUAGCAGCAAUGCAGCAAGUGUUGGAUAACCUCACGGAGCUGCCCUCAUCUACGGGAGCCGAAGAAAUAGACCUCAUUUUCCUCAAGGGGAUUAUGGAGAAUCCUAUUGUAAAAUCACUUGCUAAGGCUCAUGAGAGGCUAGAAGAUUCAAAACUAGAAGCCGUCAGUGACAAUAACUUGGAAUUAGUCAAUGAAAUUCUUGAAGAUAUCACUCCUCUAAUAAAUGUGGAUGAAAAUGCGGCAGAACUGGUUGGUAUACUCAAGGAGCCUCACUUCCAGUCACUCUUGGAGGCCCAUGAUAUUGUGGCAUCAAAGUGUUAUGAUUCACCUCCAUCAAGCCCGGAAAUGAAUAAUUCUGUCAAUAAUCAGUUAUUACCAGUAGAUGCCAUUCGUAUUCUUGGUAUUCACAAAAGAGCUGGGGAACCCCUGGGUGUAACAUUUCGGGUUGAAAAUAAUGAUCUGGUAAUUGCCCGAAUCCUCCAUGGAGGCAUGAUCGAUCGACAAGGCCUGCUUCACGUGGGAGAUAUCAUUAAAGAGGUCAAUGGCCACGAGGUUGGAAACAAUCCAAAGGAAUUACAAGAAUUACUGAAAAAUAUCAGUGGGAGUGUCACCCUAAAAAUUUUACCAAGCUAUAGAGAUACCAUUACUCCUCAACAGAGUUGCAUCAAUAUGGAGAGGCAUCCAGCACACGUCCAUCAGGUAUUUGUGAAAUGUCAUUUUGAUUAUAAUCCAUACAAUGAUAACCUGAUACCCUGCAAAGAAGCAGGAUUGAAGUUUUCAAAAGGAGAAAUUCUUCAAAUUGUAAACAGAGAAGAUCCAAACUGGUGGCAGGCUAGCCAUGUAAAAGAGGGAGGAAGCGCUGGUCUCAUUCCAAGCCAGUUCCUGGAAGAGAAGAGAAAGGCAUUUGUCAGAAGAGACUGGGACAAUUCAGGACCUUUUUGUGGAACCAUAAGUAGCAAAAAAAAGAAAAAGAUGAUGUAUCUCACAACCAGAAAUGCAGAAUUUGAUCGUCAUGAAAUCCAGAUAUAUGAGGAGGUAGCCAAAAUGCCUCCCUUCCAGCGAAAGACGUUGGUAUUGAUAGGAGCUCAAGGCGUUGGACGAAGAAGCUUGAAGAACAGGUUUAUAGUGUUGAAUCCUACCAGAUUUGGAACUACAGUGCCAUUUACUUCACGGAAACCAAGAGAAGAUGAAAAAGAUGGCCAAGCGUAUAAAUUCGUGUCACGAUCAGAGAUGGAAGCAGAUAUUAAAGCUGGGAAAUAUUUAGAACACGGGGAAUAUGAAGGAAAUCUCUAUGGAACCAAGAUCGAUUCUAUCCUUGAAGUUGUCCAGACCGGUCGAACUUGCAUCUUGGACGUCAACCCACAAGCCCUGAAAGUACUGAGGACGUCUGAGUUCAUGCCCUACGUCGUAUUUAUUGCUGCUCCAGAACUAGAGACGUUACGUGCCAUGCACAAGGCUGUGGUGGAUGCGGGCAUCACUACCAAGCUUCUGACGGACUCUGACUUGAAGAAAACAGUGGAUGAAAGUGCACGCAUUCAGAGAGCGUACAACCACUAUUUCGACUUGAUCAUCAUAAACGACAAUCUGGACAAAGCCUUUGAGAAACUACAAACUGCCAUAGAGAAACUGAGAAUGGAACCACAGUGGGUCCCCAUCAGCUGGGUUUACUGAUGAGUCAAUAAGGUUCACAAUUAAAAUACAACUUUUAAAAAGUGGCUGCAACAAAUAAACCUUCUACCGAGAAAGUACACAGAUAGAAGAUACCUGCCAAGUCCAGGCAUUUUUAUUGUGUAGAUUGAAAUACCAGUACACUGUUCCAAAUUUUUAUAUAAAACGUGGUUGGGAAGGUGUACUAAUAUAUAAUUUAUCUUAAUUUUUCUAACUUUUUAUGGAUAACCUUUCUAUUCAUAUCACAUAAAGAAAUGCGUUGAAGCAUUUUGUAUAUGUUUUGAUUUAGCACCCUUGCCUUUUUCGUCAAAGGAAUUUUCAAAUCAUCCGUUCUAAGAUUAGUCUCACAUUUUCACUGUGAUAAUGAAUACUUGAAAUAGUUUUGUAAAACUGUCAUUUAGUUCAGUAUUUAACUAGUGGUGGGUCGGUUACUCUGAUUAGGAGAAACUAGUAGUUAUUGGCCUUCUUUCCUAAAUAAUUUCUGAUAGAAGCAGAAAUUUAAUGUCACUGCUACAGCUAGCCAACUAUCCUCCAAAUCUGACAUCAAAAGUCCACUCAGUGCUACAUCGCUUUGUUAUUCCAGAGAUAUGUGGCUAUCCAUUCUAAUUUUUGAUAUAUUGUUUUUUUCCUCCUUCAUUUCUACCUUUAGUGAAAAAAAAAAAUGAAGAGCAAUACUUUGCACUCUCAUUUGUUGCAGUAACAGGCCGAUGCUGAAUUAACAUAUACACAGCACGCAAGGCCGUGCAGGCUGAGAGAGUGCCUUCUCUCGUAAAACCUUACAGCAAAAUGACACUUACAGUCGAUUCGUUUUCGUGUGUAAAAAUUUAACUGACAAAAAUGAACCUAUUUCUUCAGACAGCUUUUUUUUUAUUAGGAUAUGGUCAGCAAAUGUAUCAUGAUUUUAAGCAUCCUGUGAUGCUUAAAAAUGCCUCUGAGUUUGCAGCUGGGGAGGUGUGUGCACAGUCGGUGUGCUUUUUGAAGUGCGAUGUGAUCAUUAAGGUGUUUGUUCAAUUUGUUGUGUUGAGAAGCCAGCCUACUGAAUGAUUUUUAAGAUCGGAAAUAAUUGUCAGCUGUUUUAUCUAUAUGUGACAUACAUUAUAUAAUAUAUACAUUGUAUAUAUUAUAUAAUAUAUUAAAUAAUGGGUAUUUUUACAUGUCUAUAAGGAGAUGCACUUUUUUGUUUGCUGAUUAAGGAAACAGUUCUCCUCCUCUAGAUGCAUUAACAUACACAAAUUUCCAAAAUUUACUUCAGUUAAUAUCUUCCUUUGGGGUUCUUAGAUGGUAUAAAUUGUUCCUAAAACAUAUUUAGAGAUGCCAUGCUCAUCAUUAAACAAAGUUAGCCAUAUUUUCUAUUGCUUGUAGCUUUUCACAUAAACAGUAUUCACACUCAGAGUCUUAGGUGCUUAAAUAUUGGUGGUUGUCUUUGUCCGGUGGCAGGCACCAGACACCUGGCUGCUGGAUUUGUUUUCCUCUCAAAGCUGUCACAUGGAAUGGCCGCCGGGAGGGUUGGAGGGAAGUAGUACGCACACAUUGUUUUAAAUCUUUUUCACAGUGAACUAAAACACUCAAGUUGCUGCAUUGUUAAGAUUGGAAAUCUAUAGGUAUUUUUUUAAUUCCAGACGUUCAUAUCCAAUAUACAAAUUAACUUUAUCCUAGGAUAGGAAAUUGGUGGCAAAAUGGAUCGCACUCUUUUAAUAACUUUGAUAACUUUUAAACUGCAUCUAUUUACAUCACGUUCUUGGUUUCUUAAAGUGACAUGAGUCAAAACACAGUGUCAAGGUAAUAUCCUAUGACUUCGCGUUUCGACACACUCAGUUUUAAGGGGAAUGUCAUGUCCACAUUCUCAGGUGUGCCUUCAUGCUGCCACAUGGAGCCACAAGAGCUUUGGGAUCAUUGCGGCAGCAUAAACAGUGUAUCCACAAAAUGUUUCACCCAUCUUGGCAAAAUAGAGACGAUUUUGCCAAGCUAAUAUAUAUUUUUAGCUUUGUCAUAUGGUAUAAAAAUGCAUAUUAUUUAGAAAACAAUCUACACUUAGAAGAAUUAUUUCUGUUAUAAAUGAUAUUCAUCACUAACUACUUAGUUAAUACACACCCAAUCCCUCCUAAUAUGAAAUAAAAUGAUACCGUUUAGUUCAUUUCAGCUUAGAUACCAGAGUUGAAGAGAAUAAAUUUAGAAAAUUUCAUUGUAUUUCAAUAAAGAGUCAUUGAACUUGAAACUCAAGUCCCAUCUGAAUCUGCAGAAACCAGCAGAGCUCUGCUGGACAAGGCCCAGUGGCCUCAGGAUUGUCUUGUGGGAAAGGGCUAAGAUAAUUAGCUCUACCACAGAGAAAAUGGUUCAAAAUGAUAAUGAACAUUGAUAAUAGUUAAAAUACACACACACACACACACACACACACACACACACACGCACACGCACACACACGCGCGCGCGCCUACCUAUGCUUUUGGAAACGUGAUGUGCCAAUACUUUAAUGCACCUGAGGAUUCCUUGUGGGCAGGUGAGUAUCUGCAUUUAGCAUUCAGGGCAUAACUAUUUAUUUAUAUACAACUAAUGAUACACACACACACAUAUAUAUAUUUUUUCAUUUUCAAAUGUACAAAUACCCAUAGAAUUGCUAUCCCUGGAAAAGUCAUUCAACUGUAACUAGUCAAAUAUAAAUGAUGCACUAUAAGUAGAAUUUCACCUUUAUUACAGCCAUGCCUUGAUUAUGCAGUCUCAAUUUCUGUUUGAUAUUUGGGUGAUAUUAAAUAUCCAACACAUCAGGACUUGUGCCAACUCUAACUAUACAAUUGCUGAACAUAGCUUACUAAAAUACAUGAUCAUAAAUCCAACAUGACUACAGCAAUAGUAGUCUGAACCCUAGAUUAUAGAAUCUAGUAAAAUUUAUAAUGGCUUAUAAGGACAAUUUUUUCUUAAAAGCAAAUUAUUAACACCAAUUUAGAAAAUAAUGCAAAUUAGCAAUAAAAUACAAUAGUGUGGCAUUUUAGAUUAUGGGCAGAUACUAGCUGCUUUGACCAUAAUAUCUCAAUGACAAUAAAAGAUGAUCUUUGCUUUAAAAUUUUAUUAAAUCGUUACUUAUUUUUAUAUAUAACAACAAGUGUCACAAUUGUGAUUGGGGUUGAUUUUAAGAUGGAUAGCCAUGGAGUUAGGCACAAUUAUUUUGAAUUGGUAAACAUUGAACAUAAAAGUUUGAAAAUUGGUCAAAAUAAUGAUCUACCUAACAUUGUAAUUUUACGACUUCUGAAACAAUACUCCAUUUUCCAGAAAUCACAGGCUAGAAAGCCAAUAAUUUUGUAGUAAUGAAUCUUUAUACUAAAUAUGAAAAAAAGCGAUCCUGAAAUUUUAUGUACAGAGAUAGCAGGUCAUUUUUUAAAUGUUUGAGUCGCCAUAUAUAUAAUAUAUAUACAGCUAUGUGUAUAAUAUGUAAAAUUCUCCCAAAAUACAUGAAUAAAACUAAAUAUAUUCACUCAUGUAAUCAUAACUAGUAUUCUUAAAUUUUUAAUUACUCCCAAAUCCUUAGACAUUAUGAAACUUUCUUCACAUUGUUUUAAAGGGCUUUAUUUUACCUUGAGACAGAUACUAAUCUUAACACAUGCAGUAUUAAGCUCAGAAAAUUUUCAUUAUAACUUAAUUUCCUUAAGGAAAAAGGAGAGAGUCCUAAAUGGAAAUUUCUUGGGAAAUACAUAUUUAAACCUGCUAAUGAAUUCAUGGUAUAGUUCAGGCUUGAGACUAUGGUACCUGUUCUCUUGUUCCAAAGGAUUUGCUGCGAGAAUUCAUCUGUAAUAUAUUUCGAGUUCUUGGGAGAAAUUCAAUAUUUUAAAUGAUAGGAUUAUUGUAUAUAGUAUACGUGAAUAUUUUUCUCAAACUUAAGAAUACAAUGACUAAUAUUAUUCAGUCUCAUAUCAGUUUUUAUGUAAAUAUACAUUGUAUACCUGAGGAUAAUUCUAUAAUUUUUUAAGGUAAGAUUAUUUUUUAAAUGCAUUUUUGUUAGCUUCAAGUUUUAUUCAUUUUUCGAUAGUUCCCAUAAUUUGUCAUGUUAUUUUCUGUGUCCCUGCAAUGAUUUAGUGCACAGAACCAAAAAUAAGUCCUUAAUACACCAAAAAGUGAAGGAAAUGAUGAACUCUCAUUUCUAAGGUAAAAACUGUAAAGCAUGGUUUGUACCACUUCUUCAAUAUACUGUACUACUUUCUUUAAAAUAGGCUCUUUUGAUAAAAAGAGAGAUGGUGUACUUCUA